AUGGUUUCAAGAAAUUACAGGCCAAGUAUGGAAAAAUCUAGUAUUGAUUUGAAUCGUGAAACAUCAUCGACACUUGUCUCUGAAACCCAACCUGAACAUGGUGUUGAAGGAUUGGAAAAUGUAGUUCUACACAAUGAAGAUGAAUCAAGGCAUAAGUGUAAAGUCAAAUGGAGCAAGGAAGCCACUAUACUUCUGAUAAGUGGAUGGCUUAAUACAUCUAAUGAUUCCAUUGUGGGGAAUGACCAAACUUCUACACAUUUCUGGGCUCGGAUCGCAGAAUACUACAACACCAACCAAAAAGGCGAGCAAGCAAGAACUAGAAGGCAAUGUAAAGAUCAUUGGAACAAGAUGAAUCAAAAGGUGGCGCGUUUCAAUGGGUGUUAUAAGCGAGUACAACAAGCACAUCACAGUGGUUGGUCUGAUGAGCAAAUUCUUGAGAAUGCACAUCAAUUGUACAAAUCUGAAAAUAGCAACUCAAAUUUUUUGCUUGUGGACUGUUGGAGAUUGCUAAAGGAUGAGCUGAAAUGGAAUACAAUGUACCAACCAAAAGGUGGUAAGAGAACAAAGGUGUCAGAAUCAGGGGCAUUUACUUCUUCUUCCAAUGCAGACAUCAGUGAUGAUGAAGUACGUGAAGUGUGUCCUACUAGCCAAAAGCCAACAAAGAGAAAAGGGAAGGAAAAAAAAGACACCCAUACUAGAUUUAUAGAGAUUAGUGAAUGGAAAGCAUUUGCAUUGGAGAAAUUGGUGGCGAUAAAGGAGAAAGAGGCAGAAGAUAAUAGGAUGACAAAAUACAUGGAUUAUCUCAUCAUGGACACGCCGCAUAUGACUCCUGAACAAAAGAAAGAUCAUGAAAACUUGUAUCAUGAGUUUUGGUUGUGGAAAGUGUGGAUCAAAGAGGGUUUUGAUGUUAGUUUGAUUGGGGUUUGA